CCGCGAGCGAUGAUCGGAUUCGGGUUUGGAUUUCGGGGAACCCGAUAAGGAUCCGUUAAGAUUCAAAGGCGGAGCACGGCGAUGUCGGCGCUAAGGUCGCCGAUCGUGCGGCCGUCGUCGCUCCAGUUGGAGCAUCGUGCGGUCAGGGGUGGUCUUCCGGUUGUAUCAAGAAGUUGUGUGCUUUAUUCUAGUGAUGCAAGUUUCAGAACAAGUUUUUGUGGAUUAAAAUUGUGGAUGUUUAACAUGCUUAAAGAUCCAAACCCAAAAUGCAAGAAGGUGGAAAUUCAAACAAAGGAUCAAGUUUAUGAUCGUUUGAAGUUUGAUGCAUCAUAUCAUGUCCAAAAUGAUAUUAAAGAAACAAGAGGAGGGCCAUCUCUUUGCAUUGCUGUUGUAGGAGCAACUGGUGAACUUGCAAGGAACAAGGUUUUUCCAGCAUUAUUUGCUCUCUAUUAUAGUGGAUGUUUACCUGAGAAUGUUGGCAUAUUUGGAUAUUCAAGGAAGGAGUUAUCAGAUGAGAAUCUACGGUCCAUCAUUGCUGAAACAUUGACUUGUCGGGUUGAUCAUCGUGAAAAUUGCGGAGACAAAUUGAAUAAUUUUCUCAAAAGAACAUACCAUCAAUUUGGAGGAUAUGACAACAAAAUUGGGAUGGCAGAACUCAAUUCUCGCAUGGAGCAGAUUGAAGACUGUCAUGAAGCAAACAGGAUUUUUUAUCUGUCAGUACCUCAAGAAGCUCUUCUCGAUGUCGUGUUGUCUAUUGCUGAUCAUGCACAGUCUAAAAGAGGGUGGAAUCGGAUAAUAAUCGAGAAGCCCUUCGGUUCAAUGCAUCGUCUUCUUAUCUAUUGACUCAGUCCAUUUUAUCCAAAUUCGAGAGAAGCAAAAAUAUACAGAAUAGAUCAUCUUUUGGGGAAGGACUUAAUUGAAAAUCUUACCGUUUUGAGAUUCUCCAACUUGGUGUUUGAGCCUCUGUGGAGUCGAACAUACAUCCGUAAUGUUCAGGUCAUAGUAUCAGAAGAAUGCGGCAUGGAAACAAGAGGCGACAGAUACUUCGGUGGCUAUGGAGUUAUACGUGAUGUUGUCCACAGCCACAUCCUUCAGACAAUUGCAUUGUUUGCUAUGGAACCUCCUGUGAGUCUCGACGGUGAAGCUAUUCGAAAUGAAAAGGUUAAGGUUCUUAGAUCAAUACGGAAGCUGGGCAUGGAUGAUGUUGUUCUUGGCCAGCAUAAGGGUGGUCCUAUAGAAAAUACGGCUAUCCAUAAGGACGAUCUCACACCCACAUUCUUUGCUGCUGCAUUAUACAUCGAUAAUGCUCGUUGGGAUGGCGUACCAUUUCUGAUCAAAGCUGGAUUGGGGCUCAUCAAACACCGGGUUGAAAUACGUAUCCAAUUUCAUCAUGUUCCAGGAAAUAUCUACCGCGAGCGUAUCAGACAUGACACUGAUCUUGCUACAAAUGAACUGAUUCUGCGGGAUUUGCCUGAUGAAACUAUACUUUUAAAGGUAAACAAUAAGGUUCCGGGCCUUGGAGUGCAGUUGGAUGCGUCCGAGCUUAACUUGCUUUACAAUGAUAAGUAUAAUGUUGAAAUACCGGAUUCUUAUGAACAUCUUAUAUUGGAUGUGAUUGAUGGAGAUAACCAUCUGUUUAUGCGGAGUGAUGAACUAGCUGCCGCAUGGAAUAUAUUAACUCCAAUUCUCUAUCAAAUUGAUGAGAAUAAAAUAGUGCCAGAACUUUAUCAGUUUGGUGGCAGAGGACCUGUCGGCGCUUACUAUCUUGGUGCAAAGCAUGGCGUCCGCUGGGCCGAUGACUAGAACAAGUACUUCUCAAUAAAAUAAAUAGUUUGUUUCACUAUCCUUAAGUAUUAAAGCAAAAACAAAAGAUGAGUAGUAUAUUAUUCUGCUUAAUUAAAUCUGCAAAUCAAAUGAUCUUCUCUUAAGAUCUUGUGUAGUUUUAUUAUUUUGGUGCCGAUGUAUGAAAGAGACUAAUAGCCAACUCCUUUGUUUAAUAGUUUUAUACAUUUGGAACUCCACAUUGAGUGAUUAAAAUGCCAUGAUAAGGACUCAUGCUUGA